AUGGACUCACUCUUUGUAAUACAAAAUUCUAUUUUUCUUUUUCAGCCAAGUGAUUCUGGAACAAUUGAUGAUAUUAUUGUCCAACAUAUUUCUCGCAAAGGACUAGAAGUUUUGAAUUUUAUUGAUACAGAACUUGCCAUAGGAAGAAAAGUGCAUGUAAAAUUGAAUUGGAAGUGUCGAUUUGAUAACAUGCAACAACAUUCUGGGCAGCAUCUUAUUACUGCAUUGGCUGACAGCAUGUUUGGCUUUAAAACAACAUCCUGGUGGUUAGGAGUUAAAGUGUCUCACAUUGAGCUUGAUACCCUUGAAAUUAGCAAAGAACAAAUGAAGUCACUUGAAGUUGCUGUCAAUCAGAAAAUUAAGGAAGCAAGACCUGUGAAUGUCAAGAUAUACAACUCAUUUGCUGCUCCUGCAUUAGCUGAGGUCAGAGCUCGGAGUUUACCUAAAGAUCACACUGGACCAGUGAGGGUUAUAUGCAUUGAUGGUAUAGAUGAAAAUAUGUGUUGUGGAACACAUGUUAAUAACCUCAGUCAGCUGCAGGUGAUAAAAUUACUGAAAGUAGAAAAGAGCAAAAAAAAUAAAGUAAAUUUAUUCUAUAUUGCUGGAGAUAGAGUUAUCAACUACUUGGAUCAAUGUUAUGAAUCAGAAAAAGCACUGACAAGUGUAUUCAAUGGACCUCCUGAGAAACAUGCAGAAUUUGCAGAGAAGUAUGUUAAAUCCUUAAAAGUGGCUCAGAAGGUUAAAACUGCCUUGCUCCGUGAUAUUGCAACAUUGGAAGUAAAAAAUUAUAAAUCUCAGGAUGCAAAAUCUCCACUCUUUAUACUUCACAGAAAAGAAGGUGAUGGAGAUUUUAUGAACAGCAUUGUUCGUGAAAUGGAGAAAGAGCAUGUAACAAUAUUUAUAACUUGUGGAGAUGACAAUGAAACUGGAUUGUUUCUCUUGACUGGCAAAGAGGAUGUCAUUUCUAACCUUGGACCUAGAGUAGCCAAGAUACUUGAUGGAAAAGGUGCAGGGAAAAAAGGGAGAUUCCAAGGCCUUCCGCAUCUUCCUAGGUCUAUCUCAACCUCUGUGACCAGGAACCCUGAACUCCAAGACAGUCCUGAUGCAAGACGAAGCUCAGUGGACAUGACCAAACCAUCUAAAACAACGGGUGCACAGCACUGA